AUGCGGAUUCGCCUGAAUAUUAGCUAUGUUGGUCUCCGCUAUCAUCUGAUCCGACGGCCUCGACCGCAUACACAUCGCUCCAUCCUCACCCUCGCAAUCGAAACAUCGUGCGACGACACAUCUGUCGCAGUGCUUGAGAAAAAGACGUCACUAAACGGCCACCGUACUAGUGCCGUGCUUCACUUUCACAAGAAAGUGACCUCUGACAACACCACAUAUCAUGGCGUUCACCCGCUUGUGUCCCUCCAGUCCCAUCAGCAAAAUCUUGCGGGGCUCGUUGAUGAGGCCAUCCACCAUCUCCCUCCUGUUGAAUGCAAGGAUGAGCUUCUAUGUAAAGGGCGACUCGUGACUUGUCCAGGCUGUGGAAAUUCCGGUCGGAUCGUGACCUUUCCAGACGGUGGAAAUUCCGGUCGCAUAUGGACGAGGAGACGGCCAGAUUUCAUCUCCGUCACUCGGGGCCCUGGGAUGCGCUCCAAUCUCUUCACCGGUCUUGACACGGCCAAAGGACUGGCAGCAGCGUGGCAGAUCGACCUUGUAGGGGUCCAUCACAUGCAAGCCCAUGCCCUGACGCCGCGCUUGGUGGCCGCUCUCCAGAAUGCCUACCGGCCCGAAGACCUAGCCGUCCAUGAGAAAUCAGGAGGCGGAAGUCCCGCCAUAGCGAUCCCGAUUCAGCCCGAAUUCCCUUUCCUUUCGGUCCUUGCGUCGGGCGGCCAUACUCUCCUCAUCCAUUCUGCAUCCCUGGCAGAUCACAGGGUGCUUGCAGGUACGAGCGACAUUGCAGUCGGAGAGUGCCUGGACAAGGUUGCGCGCGCCGUUCUGCCUCCUCAAAUAUUGCAGAAUGCGACGACGACGAUGUACGGAGCGCUCCUGGAAGACUUUGCGUUCUCCCAGAAAUUGGCAGGGCAUCACGACAGCGCAACCCCAGAGCCAGAAAUAGCAUCACAGAAACUGGAGAUAGAGGAUAAAUAUCGUUUGGAGAUGAUGACCGCCGGAGAAUAUCACGCAAUCUAUCGAACACGACGGGACUACGGAUACGCAGUGCCCAAAAACCAAGAAGAAGCCCAGAAGCAAAGUACUACAAAAUACGGUUGGGGGUUCAAUCAACCUCUCUCCAAAGCUGCAGGUGGGCUGAAAAGCAAGAGCCUUGAAUUUAGCUUCUCAGGCUUAAUGACCGCCGUCGAACGCGUGGUGCGAUUUCGGGUCGAUCCGCUGACUGGGAAGCUGGGCAAAGUUGAACGGUCGUCAGAGGACACCACCAUGGAAGAGCGCAAGGCCAUGGCUAGGGAAGUUAUGCGUGCUGCAUUCGAGCAUCUUGCUAGCCGAGUUGUGCUAGGGCUGCAGCAAGCGUCUCUGGAGAACCCUGGACCCGAUCGUAUAGAAACGGUCGUUGUGAGUGGCGGCGUUGCCGCAAAUCAGUUCCUCAGACUCAUACUCGCGAGUAUGCUCACUGCUCACGGAUACGCUGGCGUUCGACUAGCAUUUCCUCCACCCAGCCUUUGUACUGACAAUGCUGCAAUGAUAGCCUGGACCGGAAUCGAAAUGUAUGCGGCUGGUCAUAGCUCUCCGUACACCAUCCGAUCGAUUCGCAAAUGGCCUCUUGAUCAGUUGCUCUCGCCACACGAAGACGCUUAG